UAAACUUGGCUCUUAGUGGUGGGGGCCAAGCCAUAUACGAAAAUUCGAUGUCUUCCCGUGCUGACAGGACCGAGAGCCCCCAUGCAGGUACGAUCAAGAGCCUCAAGUAGUUGAAUGCUUCGGUUCAACUCCUGUUUCUUGGGGGCCAUAGAUCCUGGAGCCGGAGGUGAGAAUGAAUCAGGAUGGGAGAGCAUCACCGGCUGAGGAUUCCCAGAAUAGCGGGAAAGAUAUAAGAGCUCCUCCCGCUCAAUGUUCUUGGUCGACCCAGCAGCCUCUCGCCCAUAGUCACACGUUCCAGUCACUCAUUAGCUUUUUGAAUUCUUGAAAUAUUCAUCAUGAGAUUCCUCGUUGUGCUCCUACUGGUGGUUCAGCUGGCCUCCGCCCUGUUCGGGAUUGGAGGGAAGUCCAGCAAGAAGACGACCACCAAGCAAGUGGCUGCCACCACAACCAAAGCGACGACGACCACUACCCAUGCACCUACAACUACCACUACAACAACAACUACAACCAAGGCCACCACUACUACCACCACUACUACAUCAACCACAACUUCAACUACGACUUCAGCUCCAUCUUCAACGACAACGACAACCACAACCAAGCCUACCACUUCUUCAACUACCACCUCAACCUCUUCCACAACAACUACCCACCCUACUCCCAGCACCAGCAGCACAAGCACAAGCACAAGCACCAGCACCAGCACCAGCACAAGCACAAGCAAAAGCACCAAAGCCCUAACCUCACCAACAACAACAACCACCAACCCCACCACCUCCACAGCCAUAACCUCAACAACCUCAACAACCAAACCCACCACCUCCACCGCAAUAAAAUCCACAACCACAACCACAACCACCAACCCCAACCCCUCCACCAGCGCCGUCACCACCCACACCACCAACCCAAACCCACACUCGGCCUCCUCCGCCAUCGUCCAGCCCGGCACAACAACCACAACACACACCGUCGCCCCCUCCGGCAGUGCAGCACACACGCUCACCUCCUCCUCCAAAUCCACCAUCACGCCAGCCACGACCACCUUCUCCUCCGCGCACCUCUCCAUCACCUCCUCUUCGGCCAUCCCCUCCCCCUCCUCCUCUGUCUCCGUCGACUCCGCCCUCUACGCGUACUACUCCUCGUUGAUCUCGCUUGCCUCCGUCUACGACGAGGCCAGCGCCUGCGAGUACGUCGCCUCGUCGACGGGUGUGGCUGCUGCUACUGUCGCUGCUGCGUCGAGUACGGCAUGAUCGGGGAUAGAGGGGAAUUUCGGUGCGGG